UUCAGCCUCUUUGUCACUUCCCACAACUUCCAUUUCUAACUCGUUUCGCCUCCCCUCCCCUCCCCCCCUUUCCCACAGAGAAAGAGAGAGAAUGGAGAGAGAGGACGGACUAGAGGCAAUGGAGGAGGUAUGCGAGGGUAAGGAUUUCUCCUUCCCCAAGCAAGAGGAGAAGAUUAUAGCAUUGUGGGAGGAGAUGAAGGCCUUCGAGAACCAGCUGAAACGGACGGAAGGUAUGCCUGAAUACAUCUUCUACGAUGGCCCUCCGUUCGCCACCGGUCUCCCCCACUAUGGCCACAUCCUCGCUGGGACCAUCAAAGAUAUCGUUACCAGGUACCAGUCGAUGACCGGUCAUCACGUCACUCGGCGCUUCGGCUGGGACUGCCACGGUCUCCCCGUCGAAUUCGAGAUAGACACCAAGUUGGGGAUCAGGACGCGUGAAGACGUCCUCAAAAUGGGCAUUGACAAGUAUAAUGAGGAGUGCAGGAGCAUCGUCACGAGGUACGUCUCAGAGUGGGAAAAGAUCGUGACGCGGACAGGGCGGUGGAUCGACUUCCGGAAUGACUACAAGACGAUGGACCUGAAGUAUAUGGAGGGCAUAUGGUGGGUCUUUGGUCAAUUAUACAAAAAGGGUCUUGUCUACAGGGGGUUUAAGGUUAUGCCUUAUAGCACUGGUUGCAAGACUCCAUUGUCAAAUUUUGAGGCUGGAUUGAACUACAAGGACGUGCCUGAUCCAGCGAUCAUGAUAGCAUUUCCACUUGUUAGUGAUGAGCAUGGAGCAUCACUGGUGGCUUGGACUACCACACCCUGGACCCUUCCUAGCAAUCUCGCUCUUUGUGUCAAUGCAGACUUCAUAUAUGUAAAGGUUAGAGAUAAGUUGUCUGGGGCAACAUAUAUUGUUGCUGAAUCUCGACUCUCUCAAUUACCAAACAAAAAGAUAAAGACUACUGAAGCAAAAGCUUCUGCUGAAAAAAUGAAUUCCUCAAAAGCAAAGGACAAGAAAGUUAGUUCAAAUGAAAAAGUAGCAGAUGCAGAAGUUCCUAGUUGCUUUGAUCUGCUUGGGAAGAUGAGUGGUGCUUCACUGGUAGGGAUGAAGUACGUCCCACUAUUUGACUAUUUCUCAGAGCUUAAUGAUAUGGCCUUCAAAGUUGUUUGUGACAACUAUGUUACUGAUGAUAGCGGUACUGGUGUUGUUCAUUGUGCUCCAGCAUUUGGUGAAGAUGACUAUCGUGUUUGCAUUAACUCAAAGAUAAUCCAGAAGGGCGAGGAUCUCAUUAUAGCUGUUGAUGAUGAUGGUUGCUUCACCGAAAAAAUAUAUGAUAUGAAAGGACGUUAUGUUAAGGACGCUGACAGAGAUAUAAUAUCUGCUGUUAAGGCAAAGGGCAGGCUUGUUAGUGUGGGUACUGUUACCCAUUCUUAUCCGUUCUGUUGGAGAUCAGAUACCCCUCUUCUAUAUAAAGCUGUCCCAAGUUGGUUUGUUGCAGUUGAGCAAAUUAAAGAACAAUUACUAGAGAGCAACAAACAGACAUAUUGGGUUCCUGAUUAUGUUAAGGAAAAGCGUUUUCACAACUGGCUGGAAAGUGCAAGGGAUUGGGCAGUUAGUCGGAGUAGAUUCUGGGGAACUCCUUUACCUGUUUGGAUUAGUGAGGAUGGUGAGGAGAAGUUGGUUAUCGAUUCAAUUGAGCAACUUGAAAAGCUUUCUGGGGCCAAGGUGACUGAUCUCCACAGACACAAAAUCGACCAUAUCACUAUUCCUUCAUCUCGCGGUGCUCAGUUUGGGGUUCUUCGAAGAGUUGACGAUGUUUUUGAUUGCUGGUUCGAGAGUGGCUCAAUGCCUUAUGCUUACAUUCACUAUCCCUUUGAAAAUGUAGAGCUUUUCGAGAACAACUUCCCUGGACAUUUUGUGGCUGAGGGACUUGAUCAAACUCGUGGAUGGUUUUACACUCUCAUGGUGCUCUCAACUGCUUUAUUUGGGAAGCCAGCAUUUAGAAAUCUCAUUUGCAAUGGUCUUGUUCUAGCUGAAGAUGGAAAAAAGAUGAGCAAGAGGUUGAAGAACUAUCCUUCACCUAUGGAAGUCAUUGGUGAUUAUGGAGCUGAUGCCUUACGGUUAUACCUCAUUAAUUCCCCAGUUGUGCGUGCAGAACCCUUACGCUUCAAGAAGGAUGGAGUUUAUGGUGUUGUGAAAGAUGUUUUCCUGCCAUGGUAUAAUGCGUACAGGUUCCUUGUUCAAAAUGCAAAAAGGCUUGAGGUUGAUGGUCUUCCACCAUUUGAUCCUAUCGAUCAUGUUGUUGUACGAAGGUCAUCAAAUGUGCUGGAUCAGUGGAUCAACUCUGCUACUGAAAGCCUUGUCCAAUUUGUUCGUGAAGAGAUGGAUGGUUAUCGUCUGUAUACAGUUGUGCCAUACCUUUUGAAAUUCAUUGACAAUCUGACAAAUAUAUAUGUGCGCUUCAACCGUAAGAGACUAAAAGGGCGAACAGGUGUAGAGGAUUCAAUUGUAUCACUUUCUACCCUCUACCAUGUUCUUCUGACUAUAUGUAAGGCGAUGGCUCCAUUCACACCCUUCUUCACUGAAGUUUUGUACCAAAAUCUGAGAAAAGUAUGUAUUGAAUCAGAAGAGAGCAUUCACUAUUGCAGCUUUCCAACUGUUACAGGAAAGAGGCUGGAGCGUAUUGAAGAAAGUGUCACAAGAAUGAUGACUGUUAUUGAUCUUGCUCGAAAUAUCCGAGAACGGCACAACAAGCCACUUAAAACCCCUCUCAAGGAGAUGGUUGUGGUUCAUCCUGAUACUGGCUUCCUUGAAGACAUUACAGGAAAACUACGAGAGUACGUGAUGGAGGAACUAAAUGUGAGAUCAGUGGUCCCAUGCAGUGAUCCUUUGACAUACGCAUCCUUACGUGCAGAACCUGAGUAUAGUGUUCUAGGUAAACGACUUGGGAAAGCUAUGGGAGUUGUAGCUAAGGAAAUCAAGGCCAUGUCUCAGGCCGAUAUUUUAGCUUUUGAAAAGUCUGGUGGAGUGACAUUUGCUGGUCAUCGUUUGGAGCUGUCAGACAUCAAGGUGGUCCGAGAGUUUAAAAGACCUGCUAACACAACAGAGAAGGAAAUAGAUGCAGCUGGUGACGGUGAUGUGUUGGUUGUCUUGGAUCUGCGCCCUGAUGAAUCCCUUUUUGAGUCUGGGGUUGCACGUGAGGUUAUUAACAGGGUCCAGAAGUUAAGAAAAAAAGCAGGGCUGGAACCAACUGACACUGUUGAGGUCUAUUAUGAACCAUGUGAUGAGAAUAAGUUUGUCCUGGAUAAUAUCAUAAACUCACAGGCGGAUUAUAUCAAGGAUGUACUUGGUUGCCCUUUGAUGAACUCUUCCUCAAUGCCAUCUCAUGCAGUGUUACUUUGUUCAGAGAAAUUCACGGGAAUAUCUGGCAUGUCAUUAGUUGUCAGCCUUUCAAGGCCUGCUUUGGCAUUUGAUACUUCUUCCUUACUCAUGUUAUACUCAGGGAAUAAGAAGCAGGUGGACAACCUAAAAACUUACUUGUUGUCGAGGGAUUAUUCAAAUUUGAGAUCAGAAUUUCAAGCUAGAGGAAACAAGAUAAAAGUGGGCAUCAUAGAUGGUCAGCCUGAUGUUGAAGUUCUUCUGGGGAAGCAUGUGUUUCUGACUGUUACUGAUUACUACCUUAGUGCAAGAUAGUGGUGCUGUUUGAGAAGGAAUAAGUUAUUAUUGUUCCUGCAGAGAGGAUCUUUAAUUCUUUUGCCAGCAGUAGCUGCCAUUAAUAGGCAAUUUUGGUGUUUCAAGCUUUGUCAUCCUUCAAUUAUUCUUAGUCGUGCAUGUAUAAUCUUUUUACGACCUCGUCCUUGAAUUGAUUUUCUGGAUUUCUUCCUUGUAAGAUAGUGUCCAACAGUGAUAUGUCAAUUCAUUACUUUGCUUUUUGGGAAGAUAAUAAUUAGAAAAUGUGAGAAAAGUUGGAGUUCUGUCUAUAAAAAACUCUCUCUCACUUUCACGUGCA